AUGGAUUUUGCAGCCUCUUUGUUUGAGCAGUUCGUCCUCGAUCAGAGCGCUCGUUUAUUGCCGCUGAGUGAGAACAUCGCAGAAAGAAGCGAAAAGAUCUCCGAAAUCAUUUCGAACCAAAGUCCAGACGAGAAAGAAAACGCCUGGACUGAGUCUAUGGAGUCCGACUAUAACAAGGACGAGAACCGAGGCAUCGACAAACCCGAACAGCCUCAGUUCACUGAUCUCCGCACCAUGACUCAACAACCCCGAGGAUCCCAGGGAAAUGACAACUUCGAGGUAAGUCCUUUUGUUAUUUUGUUGCUGUUUAGGUAGGUAUGCAUGGGGGCGUUGAUGUAUGUGGGAGACUAAUGGUGUUCAAGAUUUCACAGCCUUGAAUACCAUUAAACUUUGUUUCGGAACAAAUAUUCUGCAUAAAUAUAUAUUUUGAGCAAAUUUCAUACCCAAAAUCUGUUCUUUGAUCUAUUUAUGAGCCAAAAAUACCCAUACAAUACAUCCACAUUGCAUUAAAUUAUACUCGUUUUCUAGCGAAAGCCUUGGUUAUGGCGAAGAAAUGAAGUGGUGUUGGUUAAUUGAUGAAUGUCAAGAAAACACUGUCUUCUUGUUUACGUAAAUACCCUAUGCUGAUAUUCUCAGCCUUUUAAUCUCCAAUAGAAGCUGGAUUAGAGCCUUGGAUUAUAUAAUUCAUGUUUUCGAAUAGUGAUAGGUUGUUUUAAGAAGUCAUUUAAUGUCUAAUAUAUUUAAAUGACGGUUAUAAUGUCAUCAAGUAGGAGAACACGGAUUUUUUUAUCUAUUUUAGUUGUUAAGAUGGGUAGGAUAAUAUUAAUCGCAGAAUGAUGACAUUCCUCCAUACUAUUAAUUAACACCUCCAAAACCCCUCCGUAAUCUCUGUAAUGUCGGAAAACAGGCCCCAUUCCGGUUCUCUGCACUUUUCGGCUCGAACUCUGAACGUGUUGAGCAUGUUGGAACUUUUGUCGUCAGUACUUUGACUUUUGUAAUGAGGAACUAAAAUUUGCAGUUAUGAAACUUCUAUAGUUUUACGGGGUAUUUUCUGGCUUCGGCCUUCCAAAUUUCCGUGUUCUGCGACAGGUGUUAAUGGGGAGUCUUGCGGCAAUUUUGGCGUUGUAGCCGCACCGAAAUUUGUUCUUGAUGUUCUUUGUCACCUCCCCAAAACCGGAGGAUUUGCCAUUGUCUCCAUUAGAGUAAGUGAAAUUUUAAAGCGCAUUAUCAAAACACCAUAAAAUUUAAUAAAAAUUCUGCCGACGAAUUGCCGACACAAUGCGCUCCUCAUUCCCAAAUACCGUAUGGACUUUUUACUCGGUGGAAUUUAGGUAAAAAAUUUUUAGGUCUUUUUCAAAUAAUGUAAGCGUUACUCGACAGUCUGACGUGUAUUUUUUGUGGAAUUUAUCACCUGACAUGGGGUUUUAGGAAAUCUCUGUAAAAUUCAGAUAUCUUCGGUCUACGUUACGCGUUCAGUCUAUUCAAAGGCAUCACAUAGUUUCGAAAAUAUCUCGAAAUAUUUCUGACGAAAAAGCAGAAAGUAGACAGUAUAGACAGUAUUUAUCUAAGUAUAACACGGGUAUCAACUAUAUCCUUGUCUUUGCCCUCAAGGCAAGGUUCUAGUUUUUAGCCUGUUGGUUGCGUAUAUUUGGAGAGAGAAGUUUUCGUUUAAAAAGUACACGGUACAGGAUGUUAUUGUAGUAAUCUUGGUUGGCACUGAAUUCUACCUUGAUUUAAUUGUAGCCGGUUAAAAUUUCUUUCAAACCAAUAUAUUUACUGUAAUAUUUUCUGGAUUUCGCAAGGUUUUCAAGUAAUGAGUAUCCAUGGCAUUUUUCAGUGUAUCUUCCUGAAUUCUCGUUCCGGAAGGAUAUUGUGUAUUUUGAGGCCAUCAAAUAUUCCAAUUGCUAAGCAGCUCAGGGGCAAGGUGUAGGUGGCAAUGAGUCAGAUGUAUUGUGUUCUACACACACAGACUACCAAAGAUAUUUGCGGGGGAUUCAGACUUUGUUGCUUUUCUGCUAGUUUUGUAGCCACCGUAUUGCAGUCCAAUUUGUAGGCAUCGUAGCAUUUGACAUUCAGUAUUCUUGCCUUUGGGCCCCUUUUGUAGCUACCAUAAUCUUUCGUCACGACUUUGUAAUAGCCACGUUUUACUCUCAGGAAUUCAAUUCGAAGCCCCUAAUCUAUCUCGGAGGCUUUCGCUAAAACCCAUAUCCGUUGAUGUAAGAAACAUAAUCUAAAUUUCGGAACAGUUAUGUAAUCUCUUUCUCAAAACAAUCUAAAUUUUGACGGCCGGGUACCAAUGGUGAAAUAUUUCAUGUCCUUGUUGCUAAAAGGAAAUGUCGAAUGGUCGUUUGCGCCCCAUUCAACGUUUUAGACUGAAUGCGUAGACUUUCAAAGUGCACAGAUGUUGCGUUGUGCAAUUCGGAAAGCCUUGAAUAAUUAAUGAACGGUGCGGUCAAAUGUAAUACUAGCCCAAUGUUAGGGAGUCUAUAGAACUGAAUGACGUCAUUUUGCAGGAGAACAUUAUCUUUAAACUUUGCACACAAGUCAGGCAUACACCACAUAAAACCCUGCGAUUUCAUGAAACUAAAACACAGAUCAGGUUGUUGUUUACGAGAAUAUUUUUUUUUGAGAGUAAUAAUAGAAUCUUUUUUUUCUAAAAAUGGAAAUGAAUCUCUGAAUCAUUUGACGUAUGUUGGGUCAGGUGUAAGCAUAACUAACUCAUGAUAAGUCACAUUAUAUAAUCGAUUUGCAUCGGAAGCGAUGAGGAACCAGUUUUCUGAUCUAGACUAUGUCAAAAUUAUAACAAGCAUUUCUGGCAGAACAGUAGACUUCCUGGAAAUUUUUGUGAAAAACUGUUGCUUGCAUCAUCUUGACCACUUCCGUGUUGUCUUAUCUGUCUAUAAAACAGUGAUUCGCCGUCGCUUUCCCGUCUGAUUUGACAAAGAAUUUUCUGUGAUCAGGUAGAAGAUGGAUGUACUUUGUUCUCCUAUUUUCGCUCUUAUAUCUAAAUAGACUGCCUUUACGAUAGGAUGACUUUUCUCUCGCUCGGUCUCUGCAACAGGUUAUAUCAUUUGCGUAGUCUUAUCAUCACAGUCUUCAUCGCGACCUAUCUUUUCGUAUUCAAGAGGGUUCUGGGUUUCAUCAAUAUUUACGACAGAGAAAUCGCAUCAAUCAUCACGUGGUCUAAAUUUAGAAGCGGCGACUUAUUUUUAAAGAUCACACUCUGUUUUUUCAUCAAGUUACGAUUGGGUUGUUAUUGAUAUGGUUAGAUUUGCGAUGGUUUUAAUAGGCAACUUUUAUUACGCCUCUAAUCAAUGCUUUAAACGAUCUUUGACUGAAGCCCCGACUUCAAAAAGAAUUAUUGAUUGUGUUUUUGUUUGUUAAAUGAGCGGAAUUUUGAGUAUAGACAACUUCACUCUCCCUGUUAUUGAAAAAGAAAAAAACGAAGUUUAAUGUCAACUAAAAAUACGGUAACCUAUUGCCUCAAUUAGGGAUGCCGCCAUUAAUGAGAGUUUAUUGGAUUUGAGAGAUUGCUGUUGCAGUUGAGCAGGCUUCAAGAAUAGAAAUGGGUUAUUUGUCAUAGGAGUAGUUGAACACGUGUUAACUUAGAUCAGAAACAUUUAGGCGACAAAGGCGUUAGAAUGCAUCACUUUUGUAAAACCUAAACCAUCUUUGUGGGAUUACACAUCAGUAUCCGUCUCCUUCGCCGACAUCAUCUGGGAAUUUAAUCUCAAAAAUAAGAUUUGGUACUUUGCUCAUUUGUUACCUUUUUUUUGAAGGUGUUCUUUAGUUUGCCCUUUGAUUAUUACUCCGACUGUUGCGCCCGUCAAAACAUCUCGAGGAAAUUUUAUUUCCUUAUACGUGUGUACUCGGGAAUUUGCCAUAAAAUUGUAGAAUACAUAACAACAGGUGCAAAUUGGAGCAGUUAUAAAGUCGCCAUGCAGGAAAUUGAAUAAAUUGUAGAGGGCAUACAUUAAAAGGCGGGGAUUUUUGUAUCGGGAAACCCCGAUAUUACUGUAAAUGCGCUCACCGUAUAUUGACUAGACAUUAAUAAUAUUGAUAAUUUGGCUACAUGCGAGCGGUCCAGUUAGCACGAUACGCAUUACAACAAAACAAUUCACCGAGAUAAAACAUUAAAAACACUACUUGUAAAAGAAAUUAAAAGGGUUCGAUUCUGCACGGAGUGAAACAGAUAAACUUUGUUUACUGUUUAUUGUUGAUAACAGAAUCGGUUCAAAAGUGUACGUGAUCUUUUUUCGAAAGUCUGUUUGCGCACUACAACGGAAAUAAACAGAGCAAGUGUCAUGGUAGUAUGACCUUCUUAAUACUAAAGCCUUUAUGACCUCAAUACAUCGGUUUCCACAUACCAAGCCGUCAGGAGACUACUACGUAGCCAUCCGGUGACAUGUUUUGUCUCCAAAUACAUGCACACCUUGUUUAUGCUUCUCCAGGGUUCUCAUUUCCUGCUUCGUUGAUUGCCGUUAUUUGAUUAUUAAUCCCACCAGAGGCGUCACAUAUUACGAAAAUAAUUGUGAGUUUGAUACGAUUGUUGUGUUUCCGUCUCCGUCAUGGGCAACCCACUUCUUCUGAAUCUCCCAUAUUUUUAGCAGAUAUCUACGCAAUCUGUGGGGAUUAAAAGUUAAAAAUGGAUUUGGUCCAGCGGAUAUUGAGUGUAAAUGAAAAGUGUAAUGGCAUUAAGCCCCACCAAAACGACACGGUGAUUAGGUCAUCAAACCGAAAGGAGAAUGCUUGUAGCCAUCUGCGUAAUCCGGGCCUGUAAACAGAACGCAUAUUUGUUUGUGUCAUGUGUUGUCGGAUUUAAUAGCCUUACCUGAUCUCUCCCUAGUCAUCACGGCGAUUCUUGUUGCUAAGGGUUAUCCAGACCAGGAAGAGGAAACAUUGCCCCCAACAUGAGUAAAUGUAGGGCGUCCUUUACUUUCUCUUCGUCUGAAGCCUUGCAGAAUUGUAGACGUGGCGCUCGAAUUGGUCAUUCUACAAGGAAAUUGUCGAGCGAAAUUAAAUCUUUAAGCAGGAAGUCCUCCAAAAAAGAUUUGGAUUACAUCCGAUGUAAAAAAGUUUAGGGGCGGGUUCACUGGCCCAAGCGCAAAAGAGGAGUGGUUUCAAUAACCGUAUGUAGAUGUAUUUAUAUGAAAACGUAGGGCAUAGUUGCAUUCGUUGAAAUGUUUUGUUGCGCGUAUUAGGUUCUAAAUUUAUAGGCAGGGUUCAUGUCCGGAGUUGGUUUGGUUGUGUCUGGCAGAGUUGUGGUAAGUGGUUCAAGUGUACACCUUUUACUUUCAAUAGAUUGUAAUUGGCAAACCUAGAGAUUUCAUAAAUUUUUGGUGUAUUUUGCCUGUUGAUAUUGUGUUUUCAGAAAUUAGGCGUCUAGUUUAUAUUUUCAUUAUUGUCGAGGUAGUAAUAUUUCGAUGUUAAUUUUGUGGAUCUUUUAAUCACGAAAUAGGAUAGUAGUCCUUGUUGAAUUAACAAUUUGUUGUAAUUACGAUACUCGUAUGGAUAUAGGCUAGACAGGUGAUUCUAACGGCCCACCGUUAUUUCGUGUAUUGUCUCGAAAACCCGCUGUAAUUAGACGCUGUGCGUUUCAUGUGAAUAUAGUCCAUAAAUCAAUUCUGUUGCCCCUUUCAAAUUCUCUCCCACGAAUUUUUUGCUUACUUUGUUUACCACUAUCUAAGAGAGCAAGAAUCUGCAAGGUUGUUUUGUGGUGUUUCAUUCUUUGUUAUAAAAAUUCCGUCAAAAACAUCCGACUCGUCGGAAAGACUGGCCCGAAAAAUUGAGUCAGAGAUCUUUGGUGCAGGGGCAAUGCUCUCUUUUGGAGAAAGCUGUAAACAAAAACAAACUCUCUUGUUUUGUCCAAUGUUUCCGAGGGUCUCUUGUUUAUGGCGAGGAGAAUGUUUGCAGGAUCAGUGAUCAAAAAACAGUUUUGAAACAUCAGGAUGAUUGAAAGGCCAUCGAUCACAUGUAAAUCUAGGACUUGUUCAAGGAUAAAUUGUCACACGGCUCUACUAGAUGGUUGAGAAGACUUUACUUUACCGUAGGUAACAAUGCCGCUCUCGCCACGUUUCCUCCCGCCUAUCUUGUUUGUCAUGGCACCGCCUUGUAUUUUUGACCAAAUUCAUCCAAUUGCCCUUUAGUUUUAACUUAUUCCCGCCCAGUGGCGGCUAAUUCCCCGCGAACAAUCUGGAAAAAGCACAUCAAUGUAUAUGGUAAACAAACACGUUUACCACUUAUUUUUGGUCACGUGAACCUUUGCGAAUUUUAAUUUUGGAUCCCUAAAAAUAAAAAGGGCGGUGCCUGGGGCCUAGUUGUUUAUCCCUAGAAUGUUUCCCAAAAUAUAAAAGAAUGGAGGCUAAGUCUUUUCGUUCCAAAAUGGUUACAAUAAGGCUUCCCGCGUUCGCAUUCGUCUUCCUCAUUUUGUUGUUCUUGCUCGCUUCCAAUCUAGAAGUCGUAUCCAUGAGAAGCAGUAUUUUAUAGUCUCUGCCCUCCGUCUUUUCUAGGGAAUCAAAGCUUAAAACACAAAAUCACAAAGUUCUGUCCUUCAGAAUCCUUUUUCUGGUUUCUUCCCGCUUCUUGUUUUCUCUGGACUCUUCCAGCGGUUAGUAGUCUUUUUAGCCUUUUUCGUUGAGUUUUCGCGUGACUCACAAAACUCUUUGGCGGUCUCGCUCUCUCUCCCUGUUCCCUUUUUCUUAUCUCACGGGAAAUGGGCGGAGAAUGGGGAGUUAAAAGUUUUAGGAUUAAACUAAAAAGAGCAGUCCAAAGCAAAUUAUUAUCACGGCGGUCGUACUUUUUUGCGCUGCGAAUGGAAUUCGGGGUUUAGUCGAUUCAUGGAUAAUAUUACACUCAUUUCGUUGUACAGUUGGUGUACUCGGCGCACUUAUCUUGAGGUUCUAUUUUUCACGUUUUCCGACGCAAUCAUAUGUUCCUCCCCGAUGACUCAUCCCGGUUUUCUUCCCAUCAAAACUGAUUUUUAAAUAUUCUUUGGGCGAUGGAACUGUUUAUUUGGUUCAAUUGCCGGUAUUUUGGGAUAAUUUUUAUAGGGUUUGAAUAUUUUGGUUGUACUUUUUGGGAAUCCGGCUAAUUCUUUGGGAAAUAAGUGGGGAGUAGACAUUUUCAGUUGUUGCUAUCGAAAAUGGUGGGUUUUUAGACUAGAAUUUAUUGAAAAGACUGUUUCUAGCCUCGAACUUGAUAUAAGUCACCCGUUUUAUUGUAAUUCUCGCGCUUUUGUCGCAUUUUGUUUCCGUAAAUUCCUCAACGACCUCUAUUUUUGAAGGCUUACUGUAACUCAAAUUGUGCCUAAACUCACAAAACCAACACCACUCGACAUAACCAAGGCCAAGGCUUUAAACAGAGACCAUUAAGAGACUUACACAGUCGCUGAACACACCGUCAACCGGCUUCAUGUUUCAGGAGUGGGCUUAUCAAGACUUUGAUUUAUUCGAAUUCGUUGGCAAAGACGACUUCGAGGACUACUCUCCGGGCCCCGAGGACUCCACGAACAAGGACGACGAAUCCUUACAGAAGGGCGAUUACAUGUACGCGACGAUGCAAUACAAUCAACUCGCCACCGACCAGAACAUGUUCGGUCAGCCCGCCAUGAUGAAUCCCACCAAUGACAUGACCAAUGGAUUUGUAAAAGGUAGGUAAAUUACGUCAGUAGUCAAAACACGGAACAAACUCCCACAUUACGACAUUUGAAGAGUUUUGCAAAUUAAUUGUACGAAAUUAUGAAAUAUGGGCGUUUGUUUCGGGUAAUGGCACAGUUAGUGAUCGCUUGUCGCACAAAGCUACGUCGUGCACCGUCUUUUUAAUCCAUUUCCUUGAAAUUGUCAAUUGCCCUGAGGGCUUUAGGCUCCAAAAAAGCUGCCCGGAACACUCGGACUUUAUCAACCCGAACUUGCAAAUGUUUACUUUUUCAAUCCUUUGCGGAAAAUAACCAAAAAAGUGCAAAGGGAAAAUUGUCUCCACUUCCUUGUUAUUCCAUUCCCCAUGGUUUUACGUGCGCUUCGCAAAGUUUGUCGCAAAAAAAGAAACGGUGAUAAGGGAAGGGACUUGUGGCUAGACCUUGUGACAUUAGACGCGGCUAGAAAAUACUAGUUAGGGCAGAAACUUUAUAUAAAUGAUUGUGUUUCCAAAACAUUGGACAAAAAAUCGUCAUCGGGGUGUUUCUGACUUGAAACUAGAUUAGUAAUGGAGUGGUUGACAGAAGGUAAUGUAAAUUGUCCUUGACUGAUCUCUCUAGACUGUAUAGACAGUCCAGUUAUGUAUUUUAAGCUGGCGUUUGUCAUCUCCAGACACGGAUGCCCUUUCCCCAAAACAAAUAAAAAAAGAAUUUGAUAAAUAACUGAUAGAUUCGAAAGCACUUCUGGGCACGACAACUUGUCUCGGGAGGACAUUUUACUAUGUUCUACCACCUGAAUCGAGUCUCUUGGCUUUUGUGCCCCCGUGAUUGAUCGUCUUCUUUAUCGACCUUUAAAGGUGUUUUUCGUCUGUAGUAAAAAUGGUAAUGUCUGCUUUGCUGAUAAGAAAAAGGUCUUCCGACUUGAUAUAAAGCUGAUCUAGCACCUUAGUGCAAAGGAUUAGUGCCAGCAUAAUUAGCGAUAUGUGAUGGGAUUAGGGUCCUCGGAAUGUCUGUUCUGAUAAGCUGCCUCGCUGAUAAGUACAAGAUAACCAGAGAACCAUUGCCUUGGGUCUUUCCUGCGAUCUUUGGAACUGGCCAAUGGCCAGUGUAAAGGGGCGUGGCGUUAUUAAUCGGCUGAUUAACAGCACUACUUCCCGUGUCGGUCCUCUCUUUCUCUCGCGGCCCUCCAAAACACCAAACACCUUCGGGAACACGUGCUUUCCCGUGACUCCGCCCCUUUUCCCGCCUGCUUUCGCGACUCGAGACUCUUCCACAAGGUUCCAACCCUUUUAAAAACAGGGGAAUCCCGAAGGGCUCUUUUUCUUGUUAGUUCUCACAGUUUCGCGGUGAUAAGAGUGACUGAUCGUGCUCCCACCCAAAUUUAUUGUAUUGUACUAGAGUCCGAAGCACUCUCUACCACUUCUAUUCACUACUAUUGACUUGUCUAGUACUCAUCUAGUUUGAUGCUAGCCCAGGAGACCAUGGCACCUCUCUUUUUUAAUCCGUCCGGCCAGCAUCAUCUCUAUGCACCAUUCAUGAAUCCGUUUGGUACGUUAAUACAGCUUGAGUUUACUGUUCUCUGUCCUCCCCGGGUCAUGCGCCCGCUCUCUUCGCUGUUCUUGAUGUCCUCCUGUUUGUUUGCCUCCGCAGGAUAUAAACAUGUUUAUCGAAAAGGGGUGUGAUUUAAUUAUCUACACUGUUUUUGGAACGAAUUAGCUCUGCAUUGUAACCUACAAUAGUCAGCACCUCUGUCCAAUUCUCAUCUUAGUGCUUUGAUUCUCUUAUCCACUUCCUUUUACUCUCAUUGUCACCGAAAGUACAGUUACUGUUCUAAUCCUAGGCAUAGGAUUUCUCGUUUUCACGUACACUGUACUUUCUUUCCACAUAAGGAAAGUCCAAUCUGUUUAUCAGAUUCUUGCCUUCUUUCCCCAAAUUUGGGCCGCCCUUCUCAGAAGCAGAACAGGAAGGGGUCAAGUGUUUCUUCCCAGUUCCAAGUCUUGCUCUUUUUGUAUGUUUUUGUUUAUUUUUUUCAGGCUCAUGACUUGAGAGUAUUGCGAAAUCACGUUCCUUUCCCCUUUUAUCACUCCGGAUGACGUCGACUUGAGGCAUUCGACAAGUCUUGGGCGGGAUUGGUCGAUUCCUUAGGGUUCUAGCGAUGAUUGUAGUUCCGGUGUCUUAUAUGGGUUGUGAUUUUCUUUGGUAUUGGGAUCUUUUAGUAUUUGUUCGUUUGGAAUCUCAGGGUUUGGCCAAAUGGUUAUGGGGAGAAUAGUUUCUUGGUCUUUGAAAUCGAUGAUUCACGUCUGUGUAUUGUAAUACGUCAUCACUUCCGACCGUGUGGUUGUCGUUUCACUUGUCUUACCUUCUUUUCGGUUACUUAUUUUAUCUCUAGCGGCCUUUUCAUAUAUUCUUUAUUGUUAACCUCUUAAUUUCAGACGAGAGAUUCACCUCGAGUGCUGCGUCGACCUCGAACUCGUGCAUGAACGGAGUUUCCCAGCCCAGCACCAGUCGUAUGUCCGCACAGAUCCCCCAGGCCCAACCUCAGGCAGCAUAUGGAGCCAGUCUUCGCCAGCCCGCAAUGCCCUCAGGCACGGCCUCUUUGCUCGGCUCGGCCUCGUCCUCUCCUCAAUUGAACAACAACACCAAUAUGUACAACAUCCCCAUCAAACAGGAGCCCAGCUUUGAUAAUAUGGUGAGUAAUUUAUACAGCGUUUGACUUUCCUUUGGUUGAGGGGGUGAUAUCAUAGGAAUGUUUUUGAUUUUGUGAGAAUUAUGGGGCAUUUAGCCGUGGGUUUUGCUAAGAGGAUUACAGAACGUUUAGAGAACAUUAGAUUUGGGCUUUGUGUAAGUUCAAUUAUAGACCAGACCAUGUAGGAUAAAGUGUUUUGCACUUGUUUGCAUAAUUUACCCUAUUUUUUCAGUAUGACGCAUCAGACAAUGAAAGCCACUACAGUUCUGGAACAAAUACCGGCUCGGCCAUCGGAAGCAUGAACAAACCUCGCAAAUACCGGAUCAAGCCUGAAUGUGAGCGUGUGAAACCAGAAUACAAGGUGAAGAGAGCCAAAAACAACGACGCCGUCCGCCGCUCCCGCGAUAAGGCCAAGAGAAUGCAGCAGGAGAAGGAGAGUCGCCUCGACUUUCUCGAAAAACAACACUCGGAUAACACAAAGCUGAUCGCCGCUCUCCAGAAACGCGUCAACGAUCUGGAGCGUGAGCUCUUGCGCGUCCGCAAUCAAUGCUCGUGUGGAUCGGCGAUGAAUGGAGCCGCCUCCUUUCUCCGCCGUUAA